AUGCCGGGAGAACUGGCACAGAUGUCGAUGCAAUUCGUCGAAAUUGCACAGAUUUUGGAAAUUUCUAUGACACCGACAUCAAUGGCCACGAACUUUUCACAGAAUUUGGAGAUUGCAAAAUGCUGCUCGCCUUUUAAGUGCACUGUGUGUGAGAAGGCGUUUGCACGGUCAUGCAUUCUUAAAUCACACCAGAGAACACACACAGGAGAGAAACCUUUCAAGUGCACUGUGUGUGAGAAGGCGUUUGCACUGUCAUGCAUUCUUAAAUCACACCAGAGAACACACACAGGAGAUAAACCUUUCAAGUGCACUGUGUGUGAGAAGGCAUUUUCAUUGUCAUCAUAUCUUCAGACCCACCAGAGAACACACACAGGAGAUAAACCCUUCAAGUGCAGUGUGUGUGGGAGGGCAUUUUUGUAUUCAUCUACUCUUAAACAACACCAGAGAACACACACAGGAGAUAAACCUUUCAAGUGCACUCUGUGUGGGAAGGCGUUUGCAUUGUCAUCAAAUCUUAAGAUCCACCAGAGAACACACACAGGAGAGAAACCUUUUAAGUGCACUCUGUGUGGGAAGGCGUUUGCAAUGUCAUCAAAUCUUAAGACCCACCAGAGAACACACACAGGAGAUAAGCCCUUCAAGUGCAGUGUGUGUGGGAAGGCAUUUUUUUAUUCAUCUACUCUUAAACAACACCAGAGAACACACACAGGAAAGAAACCUUUCAAGUGCACUGUGUGUGAGAAGGCGUUUGCACAGUCACCACAUCUUCAAAGACACCAGAGAACACACACAGGAGAGAAACAUUUCAAGUGCAUUGUGUGUGGGAAGGCGUUUGCACAGUCAUCACAUCUUCAAAGACACCAGCGAACACACACAGGAGAUAACCCCUUCAAGUGCAGUGUGUGUGGGAAGGCAUUUUUUUAUUCAUCUACUCUUAAACAACACCAGAGAACACACACAGGAGAGAAACCUUUUAAGUGCACUCUGUGUGGGAAGGCGUUUGCAAUGUCAUCAAAUCUUAAGACCCACCAGAAAACACACACAGGAGAGAAACCUUUUAAGUGCACUCUGUGUGGGAAGGCGUUUGCAAAAUCAUCAACUCUUCAGACCCACCAGAGAAUACACACAGGAGAUAAACCCUUCAAGUGCAGUGUGUGUGAGAAGGCGUUUUCAGAUUCAUCUGCUCUUCGACGACACCAGAAAAAACACACAGGAGAGAAACUCUUCAAGUGCAGUGUUUGUGGGAAAGCGUUUGCACAUUCAUCAAAUCUUAAAAAACACCAGAGAACACACACGCAUCAGAAAAUCCACAAGAAGUGUAAUCUGAAAUCAGCUUGUGAAAGUCAAAGUGCUGCAAUGACCCCAUUGUUCAUGAAACAAGAACCAGAAGACAAUCCCAGCCUGGACACUUUGAAAGGUAUCAAGGUGAAAUAUGAAGAGGCGAAAGUGAAAUGUGAAGAAGUAACAGUGAAGAGCGUAGAAGUGAAGGUUAAAUUUGAAGAUUAUUCAACUCCAAAAUCGGACCUUCACAUAGAUGGAGGCAGUGUGAAACAGGAACUAAAUUCUGACUGUGAGGCAGAGCGAGGCAACUCCCAGGAGUUUGUGGAUGUGGAGGAGGCGAUUGAGGUGAUGCUGCGAAUGUGCAGAGGGAUAUCGUUCCAGACUGUUGGGGCUGCCACCGAGAAGCGGCGCGUAGACAUGACCAUCCUGGAUCUUGGUAUUGAGAGGAGGUCGUGA